UAAACCACCCUCUCCUCUCUCUCUCUCUCAUCCUCAACUUUCAUCCAUUUACCCUCUCUCUCUCUCUCUCUGACAUGGUAUCAUCGAAGAACAAGUUCAGAGGUGUCAGGCAACGCCAGUGGGGCUCUUGGGUUUCUGAAAUUCGCCACCCAUUACUGAAGAGAAGGAUUUGGCUAGGCACAUUUGAGACAGCUGAGGCAGCAGCAAGAGCAUAUGAUCAAGCAGCGGUCUUGAUGAACGGCCAAAGUGCAAAGACAAACUUUCCGGUGGCCGGUGAUGCAGAGUACACCGGCGAAGACUCUUCCUUAUCUCCAUCAACACUGUCCGGCAUCCUCAGCGAGAAGCUCCGAAAAUGCUGCAAGGACCCGUCACCCUCCCUCACUUGCCUGAGGCUUGACUCCGAUAACUCUCACAUCGGAGUGUGGCAGAAGCGAGCCGGAUCACAGUCCGGCUCGAAUUGGGUCCUAAAAGUUCAGCUUGGGAAGAAAACAGAGGGUGUGGAUGAUGGACCCUCAGCCUCAUUGGGAUCACCAGCUUCUAGGGUUGAAGCUGGUGAUCAGAUGGAUGAAGAAAACAAGAUUGCAAUGCAAAUGAUUGAAGAACUACUCAACUGGAAUUGUCCAAUAUUGCCUUCACCUCCAAAUGGAGGGUAAGAAUAAUGAAACUUUUAUUAAGCCCGUAGUAGGGUAACCGAAUCUAAAUCCUCUCCAGUACACUAGAUGGUGAACACGAGUGUGCAUCUUUCCUGUGGAGAGUUAUUCACCCUCCUGUUCACUCAAGGUGCACAGGCAGGCUUUAAAUUUUAAUGUCACAUCACUAAUUAGAUUUUGUAUGUGGUUCGAUAAAGUCUCGAACAAAAAAGGCAAUACUACAUGGAUCUUACAUCCUCCUCAUUUCUAAGCUAAACUCUGAUGUAGGUUUAGGGUUAGAGUCCAAAUCCUGUUGCAACUAAUGGCAACACAUCAUAUUUGUCAUGUACUGCACAUAAAAUUUUCUUGAAACGCAAGGGCAAAUCAGUAAUAAUGGAGUGAUUUGUCCACAUGGUUUGUUAGAGUCCUAAAUGAGACUCAUAAAUGCUACCAGCUGCAUUGGUUCUGUGGUCCCUAUAAUUGGACUUGUGUCCUAAUGUCGAUAAAGUGGUCAAAUGUAAGGAUUUUUUUUUUUUUUUUUUUUUUGUUAAAACGUCAAAUGUAAGUUGUUACAAGAAGAAUAUAUAAAUAAUUGAAUGAGUGAUAUUUUUAUCACAAUCUAUAAGUUGUCUUUGAAUUUAA